UUUUGCAAAGCGAGAUUGUCCUGGCUGGGGUGUGUUGCAGUGCGGAGGGAGGAUCCUGCGAAAGAAAUUGAAGAAAGAAGCGAGCGAAAGACACCGGCUGGACUUUAAUAUUCGUUCUAUUAAUUGUGGGGUUCGUGAAACCUCAGCACAUCAGGAGACAAAGAAAAUCAAGUUUGUGUUGAGAAGAAGAACAUAGGCGGAGUACACUUGCUAAAUACAGUCGAAUACUUCUAAAUCAUGGGUGUCCAGUCACGGUCCUGGAGGGCUAUUCUACUCCAGGUUAACCAGAUCUAAGAAAAUGAACGGGACUCUGGACCACCCAGACCAGCCCGACAUCGAUACCAUAAAGAUGUUUGUGGGACAGAUUCCUCGAACUUGGUCUGAGAAGGAGUUGAGAGAGCUGUUUGAACCGUAUGGCGAUGUGUAUGAAAUCAACAUCCUCCGAGACAGAAGUCAAACACCCCCCCAGAGCAAAGGUUGUUGUUUUGUAACCUAUUACACUCGUAAAGCAGCAUUAGAAGCACAAAAUGCCCUUCACAACAUGAAAAUCCUACCAGCGAUGCAUCAUCCUAUUCAAAUGAAACCCGCAGACAGCGAGAAGAAUAAUGAAUUAUCCUACAAUUGUUCUGUUCCAGCUAUAGAAGACAGAAAGCUGUUCAUAGGAAUGGUUUCGAAGCAGUGUAAUGAAAAUGAUAUCAGGCUCAUGUUUUCACCAUACGGACAGAUUGAGGAAAGUCGAAUAUUACGCGGACCGGAUGGUUUGAGUCGAGGUUGUGCAUUUGUUACUUUCACGGCAAGACAGAUGGCACAGUCCGCUAUCAAAGCAAUGCACCAGUCGCAAACUAUGGAGGGCUGCUCUUCGCCGAUUGUUGUGAAGUUUGCAGAUACACAGAAAGAUAAAGAGCAGAAACGGAUUGCACAGCAGUUACAACAGCAAAUGCAGCAGCUCAAUGCUGCCUCCAUGUGGGGGAAUCUUACAGGGCUGAACACACUUGGGCCCCAGUAUUUGGCACUUUAUUUGCAGCUUCUUCAACAGACCGCCUCAACAGGGAAUAUGAACGCACUUAGCAACCUUCACCCCAUGACGGGGCUAAAUGCAGUGCAGUUACAGAACCUGGCUGCAUUGGCGGCUGCUGCCGGUGCCUCUCAGAAUAGUAUGUCUGGCACAAACUCACUCACCAGCUCCAGCAGUCCCCUCAAUCUCCUCACCAAUGCAGGCGGUGGACAGCAGGCACAUUCUACCUGGGAUGCAUACAAGGGUUCCUCCUCCAAUUCAAGUGGCAACUCUUCACUAAAUCCUAUGGCUUCCCUUGGAGCUCUGCAGUCCCUUGCAGGUGCAACUGCAGGACUAAACGUUGGGUCUUUAGCAGGAAUGGCUGCUUUAAACGGAGGAUUAGGGAGUGGAAGUCUUUCGAACGGCACAGGCAGUACGAUGGAAGCGUUGACUCAGGCAUAUUCGGGAAUCCAGCAGUACACUGCAGCUGCAUUACCUACACUUUAUAACCAGAGUCUGCUAACACAACAGAGCCUCGGGGCUGCGGGGAGCCAGAAAGAAGGUCCCGAAGGAGCGAAUCUCUUCAUUUACCAUCUUCCCCAGGAGUUUGGGGAUCAGGAUCUGCUCCAAAUGUUCAUGCCAUUUGGGAAUGUCAUCUCGGCCAAGGUUUUCAUUGACAAGCAGACCAACCUCAGCAAGUGUUUCGGUUUUGUAAGUUAUGACAAUCCAGUCUCAUCUCAGGCAGCCAUUCAGUCCAUGAACGGUUUCCAGAUAGGCAUGAAGCGACUGAAAGUUCAGCUCAAGCGAUCCAAAAACGACAGCAAGCCAUACUGAGCUUUUCUCUCAAAUGGACUUGAGUUUAAACAAAAAUUCUGAUAUCUUCGUGCCCGUUUGUUCAUCGUUUGCCUAGCAUGUCGCUGUGACGUCAAAAGUUCAUCGUCCAACCCUUGUCUUCUGAGCUUCUCUGAUGCUUGACCUCUCACCUUUGACCUUGUGUUAACUUUUGACAUUUAUUAAUUAUAAAAGUUUUGUUUUUUCAUUUCUGUGUGUGUGCUGCCAAUCAGUUAUGCUAGAAAGACUGCUAAUCAAAAAGUAGUACAUUCUAUUUGAAGUUACCUUUUGAAUGUUGUUACAAGCAAAGAGUCUAUUUUUCUAGAACUUCCUAAAAUAACCACUAGAUUUUGCAACAAAAAAACUACUUCUACUUUUUUUUAUUUGUUUUGUUUUUUUGUUGUUUUUGUUUUUUUAAUAGCAGUCUUCCUAGCAUGUCACAUGUAGUAUUUGUAUUUUUGUCCUCAAGCAGCCAAUCGGUUUUUAGAAGCUAUUAUGUGUGGUGUUCUUGUUAGUUCUAAACCUUUUUAGGAUGAUGAUGGUCACAUUUUGCUGAAACCGAGGAUGAAUUUGUAAUUUUGUGCUAGGUUAGUUGGCAUGAUGCAUUUUUUUGGGAGAUCUCUAUUAA